AUGGGUUUACUCACGGGACUCUUCGCUUUCUUGUAUCACUUACCUCAGAUUUACAAAUGGCUGCUCAAGCCGUACUAUAUCACGUCCUUCCUCUUGACCAUCUCCUUCGUGGUGGUGCGAAAGACUCCAGGUCUUUGCGAGCACCUGGUGACCCAGCGCGAGGACGGCAACUCCUGUGACUUUGACUGGAGAGAGCUGGAGAUCCUCAUGUUUCUCAGUGCAAUAGUGAUGAUGAAGAACAGGAGAGCUAUCACAGUGGAGCAGCACAUUGGGAACUUGUUAAUGUUCAGCAAAGUGGCCAACUGUAUCCUCUUCUUCAGGAUGGACAUUCGGUUUGGCAUCCUCUACCUUGCACUGUGCCUCGCAUUUGUCAUGACCUGUCAGCCACCUCUCUACAUGGGCCCAGAGUACAUCAAGUACUUCAGUGACAAGACCAUCGACGAGGAGCUGCAGCGGGACAGUCGUGUCACAUGGCUCGUUGAAUUCUACGCCAACUGGUCCUCUGAUUGUCAGUCGUUUGCUCCCAUCUUUGCAAACCUUUCUCUCAACUACAACUGUGCUGGACUCCGGUUUGGGAAGAUAGACAUUGGUCGCUAUGAAGAGGUUUCAAAGAAGUACAGGGUUAGUACUUCUCCUCUGGCCAAGCAGCUACCUUCAGUUCUGCUUUUUCAAGGAGGACGGGAAGUUAUGAGGCGUCCAAUGGUGGACAGUAAAGGUAGAGCUGUAUCUUGGACCAUGAACGAGGAGAACAUCAUCCGAGAGUUUAACCUCAACGAGCUCUUCCAGAAAUCCAAGAAGCUGAACAAAAGCCAUGGUUCGAAGGAAGAGGAGCAGAAUGGCUCUCAGCCACAAGAGGGCGGCGAGGAGCUUCCUCCUGACACCGACAGUGUGGAGCAGCCAAAAGAGAGCAAGAAAGACCAGUGAAGAGGAGAGGGGCUGCAUCAAGUCUUUGCUUUGCUCUUAACAUUUCUGUAACUUUCCUUAUUGUAACAGCCAAAUAUUUUUAGUUUAAGGGAAGAAAACAGGCUCCACUACCACAAGAAAUAGUCUCUACACUGUAAGUCUUUAUUGUGGGAAAUACCCAUAAACGCUGAUCUUAUUUAAACGAUCUGUGUGUGAUGCAGAUUGAAGCAGCAGCGAUUUUGGAGCAUUUUAUUACACUAAGUUAUUGACGAAGAAAAAAGGUUUUUGCUAAUUUUUUUUCCACUUUUGUCAACGUGUCAUUGGUUCUUUUGCUGCCUGUAUUUAUUGACUGGUUUGUUUACUUUUGUGUCAGAAAAGCCAAAGUAAAAGCUUGAGGUGAAACAAAGUAAGACUGUGUGCAACGAUAAAAUCCAAGACACAUUCUCUUUCAACAGUUUGACCUUUUUAUUCUGACAAGACAUCUUUUUAAAAAUUCUUUAUAAGGCCAUUUUGGAAUUUUUUUUUUUUUAAAUGUUCUCGUUACAGAUAGUUGAAACUCGUUCCAUUCAUCACAGCCAACAACAGCAAUAUUUUAUCUCACAUAGAAGUUACUUGCUAUACUCACAUAGGUUCAGGUUGUUCAGUGGCCACCAUCCCUUGGCCAGAGCGGGAAGAAAAAAAAAAAGUCAACACAGGUUCUCUUUAUUUCUCUGUACGACGGCUGCUUUGUGCCAUUUGUGAUUUUUUUUUUUUCUGGAUGCCACUCGCACAGAAACCGGAUGGGCGUUUGACAAUAAUCUCACAAGAAUGCACGCCAGGGAAGCAGCAAUGAACCGAAAAAUAAAGUUUUUUAAAGAGUCACAUGCACACUGAAGACACAGCCUGGUAGGGUAUAAAACUCGUACUGAACAGUGAUAUUUGUGUGCUUCAAGCAUGUACUUUCUCCCCCAAAAUGAUGUGCCAUGUUCCUUUUAACAUUCUGCAAACACUGCUGUGGGCCUUGACAGAAAAAAAUAAAUAAAUAAGCU